AUGAGAACAGUAGUUAUGGCGGCAAUAUCCCUGGUCAGAAAGGUUAUAAGGACCCCUAACAUGACAGCGGUAUAUCAGAAGAUGAGUACCAUAUAUACAGAAAUAACAGCAAACGCGAAUGGCAUAGCAAAAGAGAUAUAUAACAUCAAAGAGGAACUCAAGAAUCUGGUAGUGAAGAUACAAAAAGGCAUCAUAGUGGGCGAGACAGCCACCAUGGCGGCGACUGAGGCCGCGGAAGUAGGCAAGACAUUCGCCGCUACAGCGAGAGACAUAAAGAACAAAGGAACACAGCAUCAGACAGGAGGACCAAUAAGCUAUGCUGCUGCGGCAGCACAUAGUACCCUGAUCGCAAAUACACACAGCACACAGAAUGCUCAUAAUGCUCCAUCUCCAGUGCAGCGUGAGAUCAUCAUGAACAUAAGAAAUGCCCAGACAAUCCAACACCUACGCGCCAUGAAUCCGCGUAUCAUGAAAGCCCAUGUUGACACAGCCAUCGCCCAGAGCGAAAACGAACACGUAGCUAAGAUCACCACCAUAUCAGCCAACCAACUCAAGAGCGGGGAUCUCAGCAUCAGAACAGCAACGAACAGCGAGAUGCAGACGCUCCAUGAAUUCACGGAUGACUGGGUUCCUUGA